UGGACCACUGGAGGAAACAUCCUGCGAAUGAGGCGCGCGUGGCCUGACAAAAUAUUCAUCUUCACUAAAAAUUGAAAAUAAAUCCGCGCGUCAAGUUAUCAGAAACAUGCAAACUUCAAAAAAAAAAAAAGAGAAAAGAUCAUUACAGUAUCGAUAUGUCUUCCGAGCAAUGGAGAAAUAGAUGCUUAAGCAUUGUGAUCCAAAUUGGAAUGGUGGGGCGAGGACAACCGUAUGCAACGCUGCCACUGAGGGCGCGUAAAUCAGACGAGGCCGUCAUGACCAAGUCAAACACGACUUUCAAAGACGUAGAGCCGCCAUAAUUCUCGGUCGUUACUAUAUGAUCAGUUGAGUAUCCAGAUAGAAGAUCUACAGAAUCAGAGGCACAAGGGGACGUGAAAGGGUAUGGACCGGUGGCAAGCCAAGAUGGGAGUGGCUGAGAAAGUAAGUCUGCGAGCUUCGCUACAGGAGGAGGCCAGUCAUAAAUAUCUUCAAGCUCGUGAAUCACUGUCGUCGCAUCCAUGGAGUAGAAGGUUAUAGCGGUGGAAUAUGAUGUGUAAGCCCGUGACCUGUUGCGAUUGUUCCACUCGAGGUCUCUUGAAUCGUGUAAUGCGUUGAGUACUAGCUUCCGUUUGAAAAGGAGAGAAGUCGUAGUUUUUAACGUCAUUUACAUGAUACAAACC